CACACACACACCCCAUACUGAUGAGAGUUCCCCUAUCUCACAGAGCCAGUUCCACCAUCUGAGAGAGCCUUGUUUAUGUUAACAGGAGAGCAGCUCUGUGUCGUGCCGGUUCAACCUCCUACAGGAGAGCAGCUCUGUGUCGCGCACAGGUUCAACCUCCUACAGGAGAGCAGCUCUGUGUCGCACAGGUUCAACCUCCUACAGGAGAGCAGCUCUGUGUCGCACAGGUUCAACCUCCUACAGGAGAGCAGCAGAGCUCUGUGUUGCACCGGUUCAACCUCCUACAGGAGAGCAGCUCUGUGUCACGCCGGUUCAACCUCCUACAGGAGAGCAGCUCUGUGUCGCGCCGGUUCAACCUCCUACAGGAGAGCAGCAGACACAAACUAUCUGAGGUUCAACAGUUACAAUGAUCCAAUAGAAACCGCUUCAUUCACGCUCUGUCAGAGACAGAGAGAGAGAUACAGAGAGUCAGCGAGAGAGGCAAUAGGAGCAGCCGUGGAGGACUAAGAGGAGGAUGACCCUGUGAUCUUGCCAAGGAUGAGCAGAGACGAGGAGAGACGCAUCACUAUGAAUAAGGCCAAGAGAAAGUCUCGUGUGGACAGCCCUGGAGGUGUGAGAAGCAGGAGAACGGUUCAGAGGAGGAUGACCUGCCCUAGCUUCCCGGAGAUCACUAGAGUGCUGCAGAACCCUGUCCCCAGUCCCCUGACCCGUUCUGCUAGCCUUGACGAGCUCAUCCUGCGAUGCCUGCACUGCUUCGACUCGGAUGGAAAGCUUUCGCGGGGGUCUCAGCUAGUUCACAUGACUCUGAUGAUGCACAGCUGGGUUGUUCCCUCACAGACCUUCGCCCAGAAACUCCUCGCCCUCUAUAAGGACUGUCCAGUGGAAAAGAGAGGACUGAGACGACCGCAGGUCUGCCACCUCAUCAGACAGUGGAUCAGCAGGUUCCCAGCGGUGUUUGAGGCUGACCCUCAACUAGAACAGAUGAUGGGAGAAUUGUGGACCCUGGCCAGGUCUGAGACACAGGACAUCAUAGACACAUCCUACCUUUAUGACGCCAUCCCACCAUGUCUGUUUGAGUACGCUUCCUGUCACAGAGGGAAAUGUUCCUGUACGUUUGAGACCUUCUCACAACUCAGUCCAGUGAUCCCAGUCCCCCAGGCCCCGUCUCAGUCUGUAAAGAAGAGGAAGGUCUCUCUACUGUUUGACCACAUGGAGCCGGAUGAGAUGGCUGAACACCUCUCCUACCUGGAGUUCAAAAACUUCUGCAACGUCUCGUUCCUGGAUUACCGUAGCUACGUGGUGCGUGGCUCUGUGAGGGACAACCCAUCCCUGGAGCGCAGUGUCAUGAUGUGUAAUGGGGUGUCUCAGUGGGUCCAGCUGAUGAUUCUGAGCAGACACACUGCACAGCAGAGAGCCCAGGUCUUCACCAAGUUCCUACACGUAGCCCAGAGGCUGCAUGCGCUGCAGAACUUUAACACUCUGAUGGCGGUGACGGGGGGUCUGUGUCACAGCUCCAUCUCUCGUCUGAAGGACACCGCCAGUCUGCUACCCCCUGACGUCACUAAGGCCCUGAGCGAGAUGACAGAGCUGCUGUCGUCCUCCAGUAACUAUAGUAACUACCGACGGGUGUACAGUGAGUGUUCAGGGUUUAAAGUGCCUAUCCUGGGGGUCCACUUGAAGGACCUGAUCUCCCUGAACGAGGCCCUGCCGGACUACCUGGAGGAGCAGAAGAUUAACCUGGGCAAACUGCAGCAUCUCUACUCUAACAUCUCUGACCUGCUGUCGGUACACUCCUGCUCUCCUCCGUUUGAAGCCAACAAGGAUCUGCUGCAUCUACUUACCCUGUCUCUGGAUCUUUACUACACAGAAGAUGAGAUCUAUGAGCUGUCCUACACCAAGGAACCCAAGAACCCUAAGACACAGCCUGUAGCACCUGUCAAAUCCCCAGUUGUAGCAGAGUGGGGGUCAGGGGUGACUCCGAGGCUGGACCCAGACACCAUCUCUAAACACGUCAAACAGAUGGUGGAUUCCAUCAUGAAGAACUACGACCUGAACCAGGAUGGGUACAUCUCUCUGGAGGACUUUAAGAAGAUAGCAGCUAACUUCCCCUUCUCCUUCUGCAACAAUGACAGUGACAGAGAGGGGGAGAUCAGUCAUCAGCAGAUCAACUCCUACUUCAUGAGGGGGAUGUCCGUAUGUGCCAAACUAGGAUACAACUUCAAGAACGUUCACAACUUCCACGAGACCACGUACAAGCGACCCACCUUCUGUGACACUUGUGGAGGCUUUCUGUGGGGAGUCAUCAAGCAGGGCUUCCACUGUCGAGACUGUGGGGUAAACUGUCACAGACACUGCCAGGACCUGUGUGGGAUGCAGUGUGUGAAGAGAGACAGGGUGUAUGCUGGGUCAUGUCCCUCCACCCCUGCCUCAGCCCUCACUCCUGUCCCAGACCUCCUGACCAAGGCGAACAGCUGGAGUUCUUCGGAAGACAACACCUUUGUUUUCCCCGGGGGUAACAGUAAUUGUGGUAACAACCGUAAUAGGAGGGACUUGGACCGGUCCACUCUGGGUAACAGGGGUGACUCUGCGCUCUCAGACCGGUCCACCCAGACAGACCCGGGGUUGUGGAUGCCUGUGAGUGUGGACAAGAAGGGAAACCAGCAAGUUCUCCCUAUAGAGAGAGACAGGGGCUGUGUUGUGAAGCCCCAGAGAUUCCUUGGCUCCUCCAUGCCUGCCUCCUUCCUGCAGGAGAAGAUGGAGGAACUCAACUUGAUCAGAGAUAAGAGCAGAGAACCCGACUGAGCUGGGACACUGGAUACCCACGGACAGACACACACACACACAAGAACGGACGGACACACACAAACGUGCGCACACAUACGGACAGACACACACAAACUCAUACACACCCAGACAUCAAAUAAACUGGGUUUAUGUGGGCUGUGUUUGAGCCAAUGGGUUUGUUUCUCAAUAUGCAUCCUACCGUGCUCCACACUCAUGCUCCAAGUGAAUUCUCUUCAGGACGUUCUCCCGAGUGAAUUCUCUUCAGGACGUUCUCCCGAGUGCUUUCUCCUCAGGACGUUCUCCCGAGUGAAUUCUCUUCAGGACGUUCUUCCGAGUGAAUUCUCUUCAGGACGUUCUCCCGAGUGAAUUCUCUUCAGGACGUUCUCCCGAGUGAAUUCUCUUCAGGACGUUCUCCCGAGUGAAUUCUCUUCAGGACGUUCUCCCGAGUGAAUUCUCUUGAGGUUGAGAGUGUGGAGAACACAUAAAACUUUCCAUUUGAGAAGCACUUCCCCCUACUGUAUUACCUCACACUGCACCUCCCCAUUCACCGACCCUCCUUCCAGCCAGGACAAUGACGACAACAGACGAAGAUAUACACAAAGCUAACUUUUACUUCAUAAUUAUCAGCUAGAUAUAUGUGAAUAGUUGUAAUCUAGCUAGCCAGCUAGCUAGUUAAACAGGGGGAAAAAAUGAACAGCAACGAAUGUCAUGCAAGGUACAGUCGAUGUCAAUUCUUUGUGGGUAGCUAGCUAACAUUUUUUUCCCCGUGGCUAGCCAGUUAGCCCUAUUGAUUUACUAUGGACUUAACCCAUUCCUUCUUCUAGCCAGGACAAUGGCAAUAGAGACGAUAUAUACACGAAGCAAAUGUUUUACUUCAUAUCUAUGAGCUAGCUAUAUGCUUGCUGUUUGGGGUUUUAGGCUGGGUUUCUGUACAGAACUUUGUGACAUCAGCUGAUGUAAGAAUGGCUUUAUAAAUACGUUUAAUUGAUUGAUUGCUAUAUGUUUACCGUAAUAAUGUAGCUAACCAGAUAGAAUAACAGGCAAAAAAACGACAUAAACCAAUGUUAUCCAAGGUAGAUAUAAAUUCUUCGUGGGCAGUAAGCUAACAAUUAUUUGUGGCUCUCUGGCUAGCUAACAGCAGUAGUUAGCCAGUUAGCUCUAUUGACUUUACAAUGGGCUUACGACCUACGCACACUACAGUGGGUACUGUAGGAAGGUAACCAUGCCAAAACGGGCUGUAUUUAUUAACGUAGCAAGAUAAAAUAUUGUAGUCAGGCAACGUAUAUGAUUAGCUAACAUUUAAAUUCCCAAGUCGCGUUGUAUUUUUCGCUUCAGCUCAAGCAAUGGCCGCCAUUAAUUUUAAUCAAAAUUUGUGUAAUUUUGUAUGUUGUGUUUUUGUAAUCAUAUUUCUGUUGAAGCUUACAUCGAUGCAUGCUAAAAAAAAAAAAUAUGUACGAAUGGAACACGCAUUCGAAAAGUACCCUCAAUGCACUGUUUCGUAUACUUUGAUUUGGGACUCAACCCCUCCGACCCUCCCGUGCUACAAUAUGCCACGGUAUUAUGGAUUCUGAUAAACACCCAUUGAUGCAACCACUUUUCCUGAUAAUUUUCAAGUAGAGUUCAUGUAAAAAAAAAAUUUUUUUUUUUUAAAUAUAUUUUCCUGUGACUUCUACAAUCUAUUUUGGUUUUCUAAAUAUAUACAGUGUAUUCUAACUGUUAUGUGACGUAUGAUGUAUUUUUUUCCAUUUCUGAACAUUCUUGAACGUUCUGUGGUGCUAAGCUCUUUUCUUCAACACCAGGGGUUAAAUCCCAAAUGGCACCCUAUUCCCUAUAUAGGGCACUACUUUGAUCACUACUAGAUCCCUGGUCAAAAAGGUAUUUAAAAAAAAUAAUAAUUCGACAAGUCAGUUAAAAGAUAAAAUCUUAUUUUCAAUGACGGCCUAGGAACAGUGGGUUAACUGGUCGAGGAACAGUGGGGUUAACUGGUCUAGGAACA